UCCAGUACCUUUUUUUUUGUCCGAAAUGGCGAUAGCAAAACGGUCUCGCCGUGAUAGGCCUUUGUGGACAAUUGCCGCACAAUUAGACUGAUGAUAUAAGAACCCAUCCUCCGUGAGAAAGGCGGAAUUGCAACUGAGCAAGAACAAAUGGCUUGUUGGCGGGUAAUCCAAUCAACAAAAUUGCAAUUACCGCUCUCCAUCAUUCUACCCCGGGCUUAUUAUCAGCAAAGACCUGACAGAUAGCCCUACAGCCCAAUCUUGUCAGUAUAUCUAUCAAUUAGAGAUCAUCACCUAAAGCAACGACAAUGCCUCUCCAACUACGUCCAGCCACAGCAGCAGACGUGGCAGAAAUGGUGGACGUCUACUUUUCGGCCUUUGCAUCCUCCCCGCUCACGCAGACCGUCUUUCCUGAAUCAUCGCACGCCUCUCGUAAACUAUGGACCGACAUGCUGGCCGAGGAGCUCAACGAUCCCCGCGCUCACACCGCCGUAGUCAUGGACUCGCCCUCGCCGUCCUCGGAUGGGGAUGACGACGGCAAAGGCCCCGCCGCCAGAAUCAUCGCCUUUGCCAAGUGGGUAUCCCCCUCGCCGGACCCAAACGCGACCUCGGUCCCGGCCGCGCCGCCGCGGUCCACCUGGCCGGCCGACGGCGACCCGGGGUUCGCGGACGAGUUCUUCACGGGCAUCACGGCCAAGCACGCCGAGAUCAUGGGCGGGCGGCCGCACUGGUACCUGGAGCUGAUGGCGACGCGGGCCGAGGACCAGGGCAGGGGCGCGGGCGGGAUGCUGAUGCGGUGGGGCGUCGGCUUGGUCGGCGCCGAGGCCGCGUUCCUCGAGGCCAUGGAGGGCGCCAAGGCGCUGUAUGGUAGGUUUGGGUUCGCGACGGUGCAGAGGAUGGAUUUUGUCGCGCCGGACGGGAGGGUUGUGAGCCAGGACUUUAUGGUGAGGGAGAAGGGGGUGGUUUAGAUUUUUUUUUUUUUUUUUUUGGCUUGUUUGGUCACUGCUGGCUGUCGGUUCAUAGGAACUGUUCUGCAACAAGCGGCGCAUUUGUUUGGUGGGCUUAAUCGCAUGCAGUUCUCUGCUGUCGCCUUGACUAUGGCAUUUAUUCAGACAUGCAGCAUAAUUUGGAGCCUUUUGUUACAUGUUUGGACCAAUCCCACCACGGCAAAGUGGCUAAUUCGCUGCACAUCUGCCAGUUAAGAGAUGGGUAAUGAAUGGUCCUCAA